AUGUACUGUAUAGUCGCACCUCCCCCUAUUCGCCUUUCAACCUCGCUCGCUCUCUACACCAACACAACCUCCUCUGCGGUUCUACCGUAGCUACUGCAGUGAAUCCGUCAUCCGUAAAGAGAAAAGGCGAGAGCAAGUCAAGCUGGUCUAUAUUUAUUACGACUAGAAAGAUUUCCCUGAAACAGUCUUAAUUGAUUGUGCAACGUCGUCCUUUCAAAUUGUUUCCCUUGCUCACCAGGUGAAGAAACCCGACCGACAGAAUGGGAAAUGAAGCAAGUUAUCCCUUGGAGAUGUGUACACACUUUGAUGCUGAUGAGAUUAAGAGGCUAGGAAAGAGAUUUAAGAAACUCGACCUAGAUAACUCUGGCUCCUUGAGCGUGGAAGAGUUUAUGUCCUUACCGGAACUCCAACAGAAUCCCCUUGUACAGCGAGUAAUCGAUAUAUUUGACACAGAUGGCAAUGGGGAAGUCGACUUCAAAGAAUUCAUUGAGGGUGUCUCCCAGUUCAGUGUCAAAGGUGAUAAAGAGAUGAAAUUGCGCUUUGCCUUCAGGAUCUAUGACAUGGACAAGGAUGGCUACAUAUCCAAUGGAGAACUCUUCCAGGUCCUCAAGAUGAUGGUGGGAAACAACUUAAAGGACACCCAGCUUCAGCAGAUUGUUGAUAAAACCAUCAUCAACGCAGACAAAGACGGCGAUGGGAGAAUAUCCUUCGAGGAGUUUUGUGCGGUGGUGGGAGGAUUAGACAUACACAAAAAGAUGGUUGUGGACGUGUGACUGACCUCACGGGCCCCCUCAAAACACCUUUUCGCUUUCUUCUCCAUUUCUGAGGAUCUGCUCAAGGCGUCAUCCAGCAACGCUCUCUGUGUAUUUUUCAAUGGAAGUAUUUUUCUCUGUGAAGCCACCUUUUUUCCAACCCGAGCCUUCUGAAGCCAACCAUUUGUAAGAGUUAUUGAACAUGAUUUCUCUCAAUAACCCGGUGUAGCACUUUAAAAGCCUGAAGGACAGCUUUUUAUCGUUGAGUGAGUAUUUCAGUUUGGUGGAGGAAGGUUAGUGUGUUUCUUUUUCUUUCGUUUUGAGGCAGUUGGGAUUUUUUUCAUAUUUAUUUUGGUCUUGGCUUUUUGGGGGGAUGUGUGUAGUUAACUGAGAUGUACUUGAUUUCAACACAACACAAAAUUAGAGCAUGAAGUGCCAAUCAGAACAUAUUAUAAACCGAUAGAAGAUAUAUACCAUUAUAUUCAAUCAAAAUUCGGUAGAAUUGCUUAUUUCAACGUGUACCUGGCACGAUUCAAACAAUCUGAUUUACAUUUUCAGGGCUAAUGCUUUUCCCUCUACUUUCACUCAAUAUUUUGAACAGCUAAGUUUAAGAUCAUGUAAGACAGCUUUUUUAAUAAGGGGGAUUGUGCACAAUACAUGUUUAUAUUGUCAGGGACAUCUAUCAUCUUGCUUUUGAAGAUGCAGUGGAGUAGAGAAAAUAAUAUUUACAUUUAUGCACAUACAAGCUUACGGUUUACUUCAAGGACAAGUCUUUUUUGAGUCACUGGUUGGUUAUGUGAAUAAUUUUCACCUUAGUCUCUAAAUCCAACAAAAAGCACGUCUUCAUUCUGGAUGGUAUGACAUCACAGGCCGUUAGAAUAUUAUGUGUUUUGUAUUUAUUGCUUUAACGUCAGCCAUGUUUAAGUUACAGAUAUGGAUUGGUCACAGACUAUCAUAUAGAAGUAGAGAUGAGUGCUUUUGGUUUAAAUGUUUGUGAUAUGGUAAAUGUUUAAUUUACCAACUUUAACUACAGGCAGAGCUGAGGUAACUUCCAGUAAGUAGGCUAUAGUUAGAACAUUGAGGGAUGUUAAGUUGGUUAGGCUUAUGAGAGGCGUUGAUUUCAACGUACACGUUUUGCCUUCUCGACAAUGUAAUUUGCUUAUUUCAUGAACGUCUUUAAUUCGGUUUCUCAAACAUUGUAUGGACUCUUGCCGUGAGUUGAAGUAAUAGUGCAAGGUCACAGGUAUACUGUCCCUCUUCCUCCCUACCUUUGACCAUUUUUUUUUUUUUUUUUGAGUUUUGUUGAGAAGAUGCAACCAACAAGGGCAUUUUAUUACAAAGCUACCGAUGUUUUUUUUACACAGAGAUAAGGGACAAGACGGAACAGGUUUUAUUUGUAUCUAUACAUUUUAUGGAAUUAAACGUAUUUCAGUUUGAGGCUCUGCUUUUUUUGCUCAACUGAAUGUACCAACGGGCGGGUGAUGAAGUGCGUGAUCCUGUGCCACACGCGCCUGCCAACCUCGCGCCGCUGUUUUCUUCGACGGCGUGCUGCACGACGAUGGUUCUUAUCAGAUCCUAAAAGGCCCCGAAGUCUUGUGACGUGCUUGCAUGACACGGAGGGUUCUCUUUCUCCCCCCGCCCCGCCCACCUUUUUUCUCUUUGUGCUUGUAGAUCCAUUUUUGAUAAGCUCUGUUUACAUAUGAAUCUUAAUGUUAAUAUAUUAUAACAUGAAUGAAAAUGACAUAUAUGGAUGUUGCCAAAAAAAAUAUUGGUAAAUGUUGAAUUAAUAUGGAAAUGACUAAAAGUAACUCCACUACAUGUAACUGUUAUUCUAAACAACUAUAAUCUUUUGGAUAUCUCUGUCACUUCUAUUCCAGCAAAGCUUCACUUAUGCCCCAGAGUAGACUACCAGCUCUGUUUCAGGUGGAAACCAUUCAAUGGUAUUUUUUUCCCCCUGUAUUUUUUUGGGUAUUUUAACAGAUAUUUGUUAUACACACGGUAGUAUUAGUGCUCCCUCAUUAGUUUAUUUUUUUAGGUUUGUGCUAAAUAUGUCCACUAUUGGAUGAAAGGGAUCGUGUGUGUGUGUGUGUGUGUGUGUUUUAUUAUGGGGUGGUAUAGGGUGAAGGCAAAAACAGUUUCAGUCUUAGGUUUUACUUUUCUUCUUAUCCAUCUCUGCAUGCUGCAUCUGCUGUGGGAACCAUUGAAACUUGCUACAUGAAAAAGAGAAAUAAAAGAUUUGAAAGUUG